UUCCUUGGAUUUACCAAGUACUGAAAAAGGAAAAGCACGCAAUGGGAGUGGGAGCAAAGGUGGUUUGUUUGGUGAUGGUGAUGGUGAUGGUGAGCAUGGCGGGAGCAGAAGGAGGAGGGAGUUGGUGCGUGGCGAAGAUUGGUGCGAGCGAGGAAGAACUGCAGAGAGCGUUGGACUCUGCAUGUGGAGGAGGUGGAGCUGCUUGCGUUCCCAUUCAGCCAGAUGGGCCAUGCUACAUUCCCAACACCCUCCAAGCUCAUGCUUCUUAUGCCUUCAACAGCUUCUACCAGCGCAACGCCGGAGCUCCUCAUGCGUGCCACUUCGCCGGCACUUCCACCAUCGCCCAAACCGAUCCCAGCUAUGGAUCUUGCGUGUACCCCUCCUCCGCAACCCCUAGUUCAACGUCACCGAUGAACAACCCGAACGUGCCUACACCCACUGCUACUCCACUCCAUGGUGCUGGUGGACUAUCUCCAGGAAUGAACCCACAAAUCCCUGAAAACUCUAGAGCUCCUUCAAAGGCAAUGACCACCUCAUUUUCAGUUUUCCUUUCAUCUCUUCUAAUCCUGCAUGUAUGUGCUUUUGGCUUUGUCAGAUGCAACUACAUCUCAUAAAUGACAUCCAAGUGGCAGGUGCUGACCCAGAAUUGUAGGGAGACCUUUGUUGAGAUUAUAUAAUAGAUUAAUGAUUUGUGGACCUUACAAUUUCCUUAAUGCAAUGCCUCAAUUUGGUUGUUCGUUCGACAGAACAAUAUAUUACCGUUUGAUUUUCUUGCAUAUCAUUUUUCUGUGUUCUUUACU